AUGGAAUCUAACACAAAUUCUCAAGGACAAGGUAUUAUUCCUCAAUCAUAUCAUUCAUCAAUUUUCUUUUCAAUUUCAAAAGGAUCUGAUAAGAUUGGUGGAUUAUUAGAGUAUUUAGAGAUUAUUAAAAAACAUAAUAUCAACAUUACAAGAAUUGAAUCAAGACCAUCAAAAACCGAAAAAAAAGAUUAUGAUUUCUUUUUAGAUUUAGAAUAUCCAACAGAAAACAAUAAAGAAGUUGAAAAGGUUAUUAAAGAUCUCGAAGAAAAAGGUGUAAAAGCUACAACCCUUCAAGAAAGUUCAAACCAAACUUAUGCUCCAUGGUUUCCAAGAAAAAUUUCAGAUUUAGAUUUAUUUGCAAAUAAAGUAUUAGAAAUGGGAUCAGAUUUAACUUCAGAUCAUCCAGGUGCUUCAGAUCCAGUUUACAGAGAAAGAAGAAGAGAAAUUGCAAAAAUUGCUUCAACUUAUAAACAUGGAGAUGAAAUUCCAAGAAUUGAUUAUACAGAAGAAGAAAUUAAAACAUGGGGAGUUGUUUAUAAUAGAUUAAAAGAAUUAUUUCCAACAAAUGCAUGUCAUCAACAUGCAUACAUUUUCCCAUUAUUAGAACAAAAUUGUGGAUACUCUCCAGAUAAUAUUCCACAAUUACAAGAUAUUUCAAACUUUUUACAAGAAUGUACUGGCUGGCGUAUUCGUCCAGUACAAGGUUUACUCUCUGCUAGAGAUUUCUUAAAUGGUUUAGCUUUCCGUGUAUUCCAUGCAACUCAAUAUAUUAGACAUCCAUCCGUACCAUUAUAUACACCAGAACCAGAUUGUUGUCAUGAAUUAUUAGGUCAUGUUCCAUUAUUAGCUGAUCCUGAUUUCGCUGAUUUUAGUCAAGAGAUUGGUUUAGCUUCAAUUGGUGCUUCUGAUGAAGAUAUUCAAUUACUUAGUACUUGUUAUUGGUUUACAGUUGAAUUUGGAUUAUGUAAAGAAGGUGAUACAAUUAGAGCAUAUGGUGCAGGUAUUUUAUCAUCAACAGGUGAAAUGGAACACUUUUUAACUGAUAAAGCAAAAAAAUUACCAUUUAAUCCAUUUGACGCAUGCAAUACUGAAUAUCCAAUUACAACAUUCCAACCACUUUACUAUGUUGCAGAAAGUUUCCAAAAAGCAAAAGAACAAAUGAGACAAUUUGCUGAUAGCUUUAAAAAACCAUUUUCAAUUCGUUACAAUCCAUACACUCAAUCAAUUGAAAUACUUGAUAACAAAGAUAAAUUAUUAAAUAUUUGCAAUGAUAUUAGAAAUCAAUCUGAAAUAUUGGCCGAUGCAAUUUCAAAACUUAAAGCUUAA